ACCUAUGUAUUUAUACCGAAACGACGAAGAUUGGUUUUGUUAAAUUAUUUUAUAUUGUUUAUCUACGUAUACAGAAGGCCUACUUACAGUUUUUCUUACUAUCAAAAAUCACUAUUGUUAUUUCAGUGAAUAUUAAAUUUUUAGACCUAACGUUGAAAUAGUUUAAAUUUUAUAGAAUAAUUUGCGUCAAAACCGGUAUUUUACAAAAACAAAUUUAGUAUCUGUUACAUUUUGCAUUCUAAAUAUGAGUAACAAUAAAUCAGCAUUAUUUGCUUGUUCAAAAUGUUUUAAACGUUAUCCUUAUGAAGAAUUGUCUUCAGGACAACAAUUAUGUAAAGAAUGUCGAGGAUCAUAUCCAGUUGUAAAAUGUACCUACUGUCGAUCUGAAUUUCAGCAAACUGAUAAAUCAAAUACUAGUACAAUUUGCAAGAAAUGUGAACAAUUUGUUGUACAGUAUGGUAGACCUACUGCUUGUAGUUACUGUAAUAUUAUAGCGGCAUUUAUAGGACAAAAGUGUCAAAGAUGUGCUAAUUCUGAACGAAAAUAUGGUCCUCCUGUUACUUGUGAUCAAUGUAAACAAAAUUGUGCAUUUAAUAGAAAAGAUAUAGAUUGUGAACUACUUGAUGGCAAAGUGUUAUGUUGGCUGUGUACAUUAUCAUUUAAACGGGCCUUAGCAAAAACAAAAAAAACUGAAGCUGAAAUGAAACAAUUAGUAAAAAAACGUGAUGGAUCUAAAAUUAGAAAAAUAAAACAUAAUAAUGUAAUGAAAAUAAUGGAUGAUAGUGGACCUGAUUUUGCAUUACCACCACCAUCUAAAAUGCAUAGGAAUUCUCAUAGACAUCAUGUAGAUUCUAAUUCAUCAGACCAUGUAGUGGUGAUAACUGAACUUAAAGAACAAAUUGCUACAUUACAAAAACUUUCAAACCAAAAGGACUUUCAACUUUUGAACAAAGAUAAAUUAAUUUGUGAAUUAAAAGCAAAGCAUUUUACAACUGAAAAUGAAUUACGGACAAAGAUGAAUUCAGAUAAAAAGGAAUAUAGCAGAGAAGUAGAAAUGUUACAUAGUAAAAUUAAAACUUUGCAAAAAGAAGUAGCUACAUUAUCAAAAAGUGGUGGUAAGCGUGGGGUACAUCUACGUAAAGAACCAGAUAGUGGUAGUGGUACAGAUAGUCCAUCUGUGACUUAAAUCAG